UGCAUCUGUCUACAUUGUGACCUCCUCUUCUUAGGGCUCUCCCAGCCCACAGUUCUGCAAGCCCUUCAGGGCCGACCCCUGCCAUGCCGCUAGUCCGCUAUAGGAAGGUGGUAAUCCUCGGGUACUGCUCUGUAGGGAAGACAUCUUUGGCACAUCAAUUUGUGGAGGGCGAGAUCUUGGAAGGCUAUGAUCCUACAGUGGAUAAUACUUACAGCAAGAUAGUGACUCUUGGCAAAGACGAGUUUCACCUACACCUGGUGGACACAGCAGAGCAGGAUGAGUACAGCAUUCUGCCCUAUUCAUUCAUCAUUGGGGUCCAUGGUUAUGUGCUUGUGUAUUCUGUCACCUCUCUGCAUAGCUUCCACGUCAUUGAGAAUCUGUACCAAAAGCUACAUGAAGGCCAUGGGAAAACUCGGCUGCCGGUGGUGCUAGUGGGGAACAAGGCAGAUCUCUCUCCAGACAGGGAGGUCCAGGCAAUUGAAGGGAAGAAGUCGGCAGAGUCAUGGGGUGCGACAUUCAUGGAGUCAUCUGCUCGAGAGAAUCAGCUGACUCAAGGCAUCUUCACCAAAGUCAUCCAGGAGAUUGCCCAUGUGGAGAAUUCCUACGGGCAAGAGUGCCGCUGCAGUCUCAUGUGAACCCUCAAGCAUGGGGUAGCUGCCUGGAUUCUUCCCCUGGCACUUGCCAGGCCACAGUGGGGGCAGGUCCUCAGGACUUCACGGGUAUGGUUGCCAGCUGUGUCCCUGGCCCUCUGGGCACACAGUAAUGGUACCCUUACAUUUGCACACUUUCCCCAAGCUCCAGUGGCCUGGUUGUCAAUGUUUACAAAGGGGCAAGGAUGUCUAAUGGGCACUGGCCUAUGUUUUUGCUAAAUGAAUUCUUAUAACCUGCAGGGUUGCGAUAUGAGUCCUGG